AUGAUUCUUACUGAUCGUUCUCUUGGUCAUGAAACUGCACGUCGUCGUGGAGUUGAUUUUAUAAGUGAUCAAUCAUCAAUGCCGGGUCGAUCAGGUCGGCAUCAGUCUGUUGUUACUCAUGGUACAAUUCUCGAUUCAUUGAGUAAUACAGCCGGUUCUUUGUCAUUUGAUGAUGACCAAAAUAGAUUAUCUGUUGUCAGUUGUCUUGUACCUGCUAGCGUAAAUGUUGCUGCAAGGGCAUUCUCUCGACCACUCGAUGAAGAGUUAACAGUAGAAGAACAAUUACAAGCAUCAAAACAUCCUGAUUAUGAAUCAACUGAACGUGUUGUUAUAAAUGUAUCAGGAUUAAAAUUUGAAACACAAUUACAAACAUUAAAUAAUUUUCCUCGUACACUUUUGGGUAAUCCUUCACGACGUGUUCGUUAUUUCGAUCCAUUACGUAAUGAAUAUUUUUUUGAUCGAAAUCGACCAAGUUUCGAUGCUAUUCUUUAUUAUUAUCAAUCUGGUGGUCGACUUCGACGACCAAAUCAUGUCCCAAUUGAUGUAUUUACCGAAGAGAUUAAAUUUUUUGAAUUAGGUGAAGAUGCAUUUAAUAAAUUUCGUGAAGAUGAAGGUUUUAUUAAAGAAGAAGAACGUAUAUUACCAAAACCAGAAGUACAACGUAAAAUCUGGCUAUUAUUCGAAUAUCCUGAAACAUCCAAUUGGGCACGUGUUAUUGCUAUUAUUUCUGUCACAGUUAUUCUCAUGUCAAUUGUCAUAUUUUGUCUGGAAACACUUCCUAAUUUUAAACGUUAUCGUGUUCGACCAGCUGAUAAUACAACAUAUGAUUCUUCUCGAUUAACGAUUGAAGAAGAUGAUAUACCUGAAUUAACAGAACCAUUUUUUAUUAUUGAAACAUGUUGUAUUGUAUGGUUUUCCUUUGAACUUAUUGUUCGUCUAUUAUCAUGUCCAUUGAAACUUGUCUUUCUUAAAUCUAUGAUGAACAUUAUUGAUAUCGUUGCUAUUAUGCCCUAUUUUAUUACAUUAUUUACCAUCUUAGCUGAAGAAAAAACAAAAUCAAAUCAAGCUAUGUCAUUAGCUAUAUUACGUGUUAUACGUCUCGUUCGAGUUUUUCGUAUAUUUAAAUUAUCAAGACAUUCAAAAGGUUUACAAAUUCUAGGUCAAACAUUACGUGCAAGUAUGCAAGAAUUAGCACUACUAGUAUUUUUUCUAUUUAUUGGUGUCAUAUUAUUUUCUUCUGCGGUUUAUUUUGCUGAACAAAGUGAACCGGAAUCAUUUUUUAAAUCUAUACCAGAUGCAUUCUGGUGGGCAAUGAUAACAAUGACAACAGUUGGAUAUGGAGAUAUGCGUCCAGUUGGUAUAUUUGGUAAAAUUGUUGGUUCAAUGUGUGCUAUUGCAGGUGUAUUAACAAUAGCCUUACCUGUACCUGUUAUUGUAUCGAAUUUUAAUUAUUUUUAUCAUCGAGAUAUUGAUUCUGAAGAACAAAAAGAUAUCAAAUAUACAAGUGCUACUGGUAAUUCCAAUCCACCAGGUGGUGAUAUCAAUAAUGAAUUAUUUGCAUUAACAAUGUCAACAAGUGUUGGAGGACAAAAGAAAAAAUCUGUUUCAUCAUCGGAUACUUGUCAUCAUUUAGAUGAAUCCGAUGCAUUUCUACAUUCGUAUUGCACGGGUGACGAUCCAAUAUUUCGUUCACCAACUGCUAAUCAUAGAAAUAGUAGAACGUCACCAACACAACAGCUAAUACAACGAAAAACUUCAUCAAUGAAUAAUAAUUUAACUUCAUCGAAUGAACCACUUAAUGUUGAAACAGACGUGUAA